AUCAGCGGUGGUUUGGUCGUGCAUAUGGUAAUGGGUCAUUCGUUGUGAAAUGCUUCCAGCAAAAUCGUGACGAAUCAGGGGAAAUUUUCAAUGACCCAUCUAUUGCAGAAAAAAUCCAGCAAAAAAAUAAAAAUAAUAUCUUACCACCCGCCUCACAUAAAACAAAAGACUCCGGAUUCCCAAAAGCCUUUCUAAACAUGCCAUCUUGGGUUAAAUACGAUGAACCCCUUAUUGCAUCAGAAAGAUAUGAAGAAAGAUAUGUGAAACCUCUAUCUAAAGAAAACGAUAAUUAUAUAGGAUCACCUUGGGAAACUGGGAAAACAUAUGCUAUGGAAAAUUUAAAUAUUCCUGAAAAUACAACUUACUCGUAG